AUGAAGUUCAAGGCCUCCUUCACCGACGACGGCAUCUCCCUGCUCGACAAGCGGUUCCUCCCGGCCAUCGACAAGGUGGGCCGCGUGUGCCACGUCUACCUCACCCCCACGCACGCCAUGCUCCUCCACAACCUCCUCGGCUCCACGGGGCCCGAAGGCGACGGGCCGCAGUGCGUCGCGCAGUUCGCCAAGGACCUCCUCUUCCGCGAGUACAACGUGUCGUCGCGGGACGGCAACCGCGUCGCCUUCUCCGUCGACGUCGCGCUGCUCCAUCGCGCCAUCCGUAGCGCGCUCGCCGUCCACGCGCAGUCGCCGGCUGACGGGGACGCCCCCGCGGCGAUUCAGGUCAAGCUCGUCAACAAGCAGACCCCCGGGUCCCGUUCUGCUGCCCCGUUCCUCACGUUCGAGACCAAGGGCGCUCGCUCCGCCGUCGUGCAGGACGUCCCCAUCUCGAAGCCACUGUCACGCUCCGAUGUUGCGCGCUUGCAGGAUGCGCUUGACGCCGCCCAAGAGCUUCCUGAGACUCUGGUCCAGGUUCCAGAUCUGCAACAGUUACAGAACCUGGUGGAUCGUCUAAAAAACAUUGGUGAUCUGCUGUCUGUAACUGUUACCCAAUAUGGUGAUCUCCAUCUACAAGUUUCAACUUCUCUUGUUACCGUUGGUUCAGAAUUCAAAAGGCUUCGGAUUCUUGGUGCUCGUGCAAAUGCACCUGUUGUUGAUCAAAAUAUGUUCACAGGUGUCUGUUAUUCUAUUUUCUUGCAGCAAGUGAGUAUGAAGCACCUAGUUAAGAGCCUACAAUGUCAUUUGGCCAAGCCAGAUUGUACCUUCUAUGGUAUUGCUCCCAAUGGUGCUUGCUUGACAGUGAUAUUCCAGUACUUCAUUCCAGGAACACGGUUGACGGACAAAUCCAUUAGCUUUUACUGUAGGCUUCCAGUCCUUGACCCUGGCACCAGCUAA